AUGUUCAAGCAAGCAGUAUACUUCUUGAUGAUAAAUAUGAAGACAUCUGAACAAGGUGCUUCCGGUGUGGGGACCGCAACAUGUGCGUAUGACGUGUACUGUUUUGGGAAAGUAUUGCUUGAGUUAGUAACGGGCAAAAUGGGAAUUAGUGCAACAAAUGAUCCAACAACAAACACAAAAGAUUUACUAGAAACAAUCCUUCCAUACAUCAACAUAUACGAUAAAGAACUUGUGACCAACAUUGUGGACCCCUCGUUGAUCAUAGAUGAAGAUUUACUCGAAGAAGUGUGGGCCAUGGCGGUGGUGGCUCGAUCUUGCCUCAACCCUAAGCCCGCCAGACGGCCGCUAAUGAGAUACAUUUUGAAAGCUUUGGAGAAUCCAUUGAAGGUGGUGAGAGAAGAAAGUGGAAGCUCCGCUAGGUUGAGGACACCCUCUUCUAGAGGAUCGUGGAAUGCCGCUUUGUUUAGUAGCUGGCGGAAUAGCUCCACCGAGAUGGCGGCGGCGGUCGUGGCGGGGCCGAGUAGUUUGAAACAGUCCGGGACCACCGGGUCUCAGUCUCAAGGAAGUGGUGGUGGUUAUAAUGGUGGUGGUGGUGGUGGUGAUUCGAAGAGGUCGAAGGAUGUGUUUCCUGAGCCGUUGGAUGUGCAAGAUGAGGAGAGAUCCAAUGGGUCAAGGGGGGCUUGUUUUGUUGUUUAUGGGUGGAAGGAAGCAAGCGAUUUUUGUUUGUAA